UAUGCAGAUCAAACUACUGAAUUAAAAAGGCAUGUUUAACUGUUCACACACACGCAUCUCUCUCGCUAAGAACGUCGGUGUAUACUCCAUUUCGUCCCUUCUCUCUCACAGGCACAUGUUCUUUUUUACUUUUAUUUUUAUCACAGAACUUUCCUUUUUGAUUUCUGUAUCGGAUUCAUUCAAGUUGUAAUAAACAAGGUUUUUUAAACAGUUCAGAUCGAAAGCAUCGAGCAGUAGUAGAGUCACAAGUGUACGUUCCAUUUCCACUUUCCAGUGUCAUCGGAUCAUAGCGCAAAUGGGCAAUCCCUCCGGUGUCAGAAAACCAAUCACACACGUCGUUUUCGACAUGGACGGUCUCUUGCUCGACACAGAGAAGUUCUAUACUGAAGUUCAAGAAAUUAUACUUGCUAGAUAUAAUAAAACUUUUGAUUGGUCUCUCAAGGCAAAGAUGAUGGGAAUGAAAGCAAUUGAGGCUGCUAAGGUAUUUGUUGAAGCGACUGGAAUCAGUGAUUCUUUAACUCCUGAGCAAUUUCUUGUAGAAAGAGAAGCAAUGUUGCAGAGUUUGUUUCCAACAAGUGAGCUCAUGCCAGGUGUUAGUCGUUUACUCAAGCAUCUACAUGCAAAAGGAGUUCCAAUUGCCGUGGCAACUGGUUCUCACAAGCGACAUUUUGAACUAAAAACGCAAAGACACGGUGAAAUGUUUUCUCUGAUGCAUCAUGUUGUUCUUGGUGAUGACCCUGAAGUUAAACAAGGCAAACCAUCACCAGAUGUAUUUCUUGCUGCAGCCAAGAGAUUUGAGGGUGGACCAGUAGAUCCAAGUAACAUACUUGUUUUUGAAGAUGCACCCUCUGGAGUUCUUGCAGCUAAGAAUGCUGGGAUGUCUGUUGUUAUGGUUCCUGAUCCAAGGCUGGACAAAUCUUUUCAUGAUGCAGCAGACCAAGUUUUGAACUCAUUGUUGGAUUUUAACCCUAGUGAGUGGGCUUUACCUCCAUUUGAAGACAAUGGAAGUUGAACGUGAGUUUCCAAGACUGUCCUUCAAUUAGUGGUAGCAGAAAAAGCUGCCCAUCUUUUGUCCAACAAAAUGAACAAUUAAUCCAUUUUCAUGCAGUAUUGUGCUAACUACAUUAUUACAUUCUUGUGUUUUGUAAUAUGAUUACCACAAUCAAUAUUGGGUUGUGAAAAUAUUUUACAUUCAAUAUCGGUUUUGUAGGUAAGCUGAUUACAUUGAAACUAAAAUGACACUGAUUUUAUAAUGAGCUUUUUUUGGACAGUUUAUGACGGGUUUUUUUAGUGCUCAUAAUGGGAUCAUUGGGAUGAAUGAAUUACAAUGUUGGUUUUUAA